AUGUUGGAUUUUCUAAUGUAUUAUCCAUAUCCUCGGCCAGUCAAUGAAGCAGCUAUCUAUGUUCCAACCUGCUGUGACCUGAAACUUCCGGCCAGUAGAUUCGCCGAUGUUCAGGGCCGGAGCAGCAUCGACGACGGGGAAGUAGAGGAAAGUUGCUCCAUUUGUUUGAUGGAGUAUGAGAAAGAAAAUGUGGUUUGUGAAUUAUCGAGGUGUAAGCAUGUAUUUCACAUGGAGUGUAUUGAGAGAUGGGUGGAAAGGGGACAAUUCACUUGCCCUCUUUGUAGAUCUAUGCUCUUGCACCGGACAGCUGAUUCUCCUUGCAAAUGA